UCUUAUUCUUGUUAUUGAAACUCAAGUUUCCUUAUUUUUUCUUGUUUUUUUCAUUCUGAUUAGUUGUUUUUCCAGCCAGUUAAGAUGAAGUUGGACCUCACCAUGAACGAUCGUCACAACCUGCGGUUCCAGUCGAUAUAUAGUGGACUGGUUCCUCAGAUCGCCCGAAUGGUGCCCUUCAACGACUCGGAGGUGACUUGCAUUCUGCUGAUCUACUACAAGUAUUGCCUCCAAAAUGGAACCACUGCCCGCCGGAUAACCUCCGCUCAGUUCGUUAACAUUGUGAUUGGAUUCCAACAGCUGUACGACAUGGACGUAGUGGAUCGCAUUGUCACCCUGAUAUCAGGGGGUAGAAAAUACGUGACUCCUAUGGAGUUUGUCAACUAUAUGACCAUCCUAAUGAGUGGUGACAUGGAACGGAAAAUGGAGUUUGCCUACAGGGUUUAUGACAAAAAUGGAUUGGGCAUCAAUCGAGAGAUUAUUUCCAGUUCGGUCGAGAGGUUUUUUCCCGGGGACGAUGACGAGGUACUUGAGAUGCGACUGGACAUGGUUGAUUUUCUACUCCUCAAAUUUGAUGAAGACCAAGAUACUGUCAUCACAUUUGAGGAAUACAGAUCGAUCGUGCUGCAACAGCCUAGCAUGCUGGAGUUCCUUGGACCCAUCUUUCCCUCGGACGAGACGCGUCUGGUGGUUGCCUACUGCACAGCCAUGUACUCUCACAUCCCCGAAAUAGGUUUGAUGUAGAUGUUAGGGUAUGUGGCUGUGUGCCAGCAUAGACCUUCCGCCCAGUCGCAUAAAUCUUUCAGGCACAAAUAAAUCGAAAGCAAUGCAAAUCAG